AAGUGGCGAAAUAGAACACGUGGCGCCGCCAUCGGUGCACGUCGUAUACAUUAACCGUAGAUCAAUUAACCUGUAUAUAAAUUAUAUUUUUAGUACAUAUUACCCCUUUCUACGAUUUCUCAAGUCCCAGUUUUAAUUCGUUAGGUAACCCUUGGAUUUUUUUGUGUUGGUCUUCUGCUAGACAGUCAGCGCCACAUAUUCAUCGUCGAGAAAAGUAUUUCUCGGUAUUUUAUGAAGUUAAAACGAUAUACAGCGUUAAAAAGGUUAUAUUAUCGAUUUCUAUGAUUUCUUUGCGUAUUUUUUACGGUGUAAAUCGGCUCUUGGAAAAGUUGAGUCCGUAUUUGGAAAUUCUAUUGACUUCAAAGUGAUUGCCUGACUUCCGGCCAAGACAAGCCCAUGUGGACAGCAGCAGCGGUGCCUCCGAUCAUUUCGUGCUGAGGCUGCCCCUCGUGUUUCUGUGAAAAAAACUUGUCCGACGAAUAAUCACGCGUGCACCGCGUAAGUCAUCGCAGCAUGGCUGAUUUGGACGAUUUCUUUGCGAAAAAAGAUCGUAAAAAAGCGAAGGGAAAGAAAUUCACAACUACGGAGGAGAUAGCAAAGAAAUUGGAAGAAACGGGCAAACGGUUGGGGAAGAAAUCAAAAGACAAACCAGUGAACCCGGAGGGGGAAGAGACUCAACAAACCGAGGAUGAAGAUGAGUGGAGAGAGUUUGAAGAAGAGAAAAAAGACUAUACUGGCUUGAAGAUUGGAAACCUGACAAUGAACGAAUCCAUAGAUGCAGAAUCUGAUGAUGAAAAAGGUACAGGAGACAUUAGCUCGGAUGGAGAAUCAGGUGAAGGUGGUACCAAACAUUCAGGACCUUGGAAAAAGCCAGAGCUCCCUCCACAACCAGAACCAGCACCAGAAACAGCACCACCACCUCCACCACCUGUUACUUCAGGAAGUAGUUAUAAGCCUCCACAUUUAAGGAAUAUCCAAACAGUAGCUGCUAGUCCUAGACAACGAGCAAAAAAUAUUGCGCCAGACAUACACAGUGAAGAAUAUUUUCCAACAUUGAACUCCAAGCAGCAGCAAAGCAACGAACCCAGCGGACCAUGGGGCAGACGGAAACGAGACGAAGGUACGUUUGAAGAAGUGCGUAAUCGAGGGGGAAGUAGAUCAUAUAGCGUACAGGAUACACAAGCUCAGGCGCCUAAGCUCUCUCUGGGUAACAAAUAUGGUGCCCUAUCGCAAGAUCAAAGCUGAAAUCAUCUCUGACUUGAUCGAACGACAAACAAUCAUUAUUACAUCAUUGCCUCUCUCCGUUUCGUGGCCCAGUUACGCUAUUAAAUAUGUUUUCUAGGAUAUAGAACACACGGCGGAACGCGUACGAGUAGGAUGCAUGAUCGAUUCACGUAAAAGCCAGACGUUGAUUAAAAAAACAAAACCAGGAAAAGAAAAGAAAUCCUAUUUCGUUCGAUAGGAGAUCCCGCCUGCUAUCGUGAAACCGGAUGUACCAUUUCUUUCGCGAAAAUGUGAUUCGUGCUUACGAUGAAUUUCGUGAAGAAACGCAAACGUUUAUUUUUUCAUACGAAGAGAACAUGCUCAAAACACACAUAUAUACACAUUUAGCAUCAGUUUUAUAUUUAAUUUUUUAAUUUACGUACUAGAAAGAUGAAAGAUCUUUAUCGAGAGAUGAUGGGGGCAGUGGAGAAAAGUCGCGAGUUUGCGUAACGAACCGGAAAUCGAGAUAGAACUCUCGUAACGCAAAAACGGUGUUGAACUUCGCGAUUAAUCACGUAAGGCACUCAUGUGGUCGCUGUAUUUUUACACGGUGCUGCUGUUUUCAUUUAGCAUGCUUGCAUUCGCGUUAGUCAGUCGAUCACCUUCGAAACGUCUCGGAAAUAUAGAUUAAAAACACUUGGAUACUCGAACGUGACAUCGUUUUAACGCAGAAAGGACUAUAUUAUAUUAUUACUUGUGCAUUGUAUAAAGAGGAAAGUCGAUUAGUCCUAAUCGGGCUUUGUCUUUUCGAGUAAUAGUUUCGCUCAACGGCAACGUACGUCAACGAACACAAAAGUUUAGAUGAAUUAAGAUAUAUGUGGAUAAAUAUGUAUACAUAAUAAUUACAUGGAAAUAAUUGAACUCUGGGGCUGGGCUUUGGAACGGUGCAGAAAUACGAAAGAAUUGCACGAAGGAAAGAAAACAGAGAGAACAUAUACGCAAAGUAUAAUGAAAUCGGAUAAGUUUAGUUCAUGGAAACUCAAAAUACAUGCAGAAGUAAUACAGAAAGAAGAGACACGCACGCGUGAACGAACAUACAAUAUAAAAUAACAAGAGACGUAUGUACGCUUUUGUUGAUACUUGUUUAAUUAGUUUUGUUGAUUUAGGGACUUCUUUUGCGAAAAAGAAAUGAAAACAGGGGAGAGGUUGUAAGGAAAGAGAAAGAGAAGUUGUAGAGUUUUUCCUGUGUGAUAUCAGGAAUUUGGGGUGCUAGCGCUGUUAUUUUUUGAUGGUGAACAAAAAAUGAGAAACAAAUAGAAGAGAAAAAUCUAACUCGAAGAAGCAAAAUGAAGAAAGUGAGCCAUACACACACAGAAUCGCAGAAAAGAAAGAAAUGGAGCCUUGUAUAGUGAACUAUAAGAAGAAAAAAAAGGAUGUGAUUAUUUAUAAUAAAUUUCCUAGGACAACUUAUAAGUACUGCCUUAAGCAUUUUAAUUUCGCGAACCAUCAAUGAUGUGUCGGUGAUCUCGCGACUGGUUCAGAACAUGUGAAGAAAAUGAAAAAAGAAAUAAGUGCAUGCUCAAAAUGAGUGUGGUUGCGAUCAUUAGCUUUCUGUUCGCGCGAUCGACCGUCACAGUCGUUCUAUCUCGAGGAUCGAAAGCACUUUUCACGGGCAUUUCCACGUAGAAAUACGCAAAUUCCAUAUGCGAGAGUCUAAAGUUGUUUGUUCAGUUGAGUCGAUCAGUUUGUUCGCUUAAUAAAUCGAACCAUGUAAGUAAUUAUUCCUUUAUAUUGGUAUAAGAAAACAUUUGUAAACGCGAAAUCAGAUGCAGUGACUCGUGAAAGUACUUAGACACUUAGUAUAGAAAACUUUUAUAUGUAUAUUGUAUGUGUUACAUAAAUCAUUUCGAAAUGUUAUAGACAUAAGACACGGAUGUCAUGAUUAUAUUAAUAAGAUUUAAAACUGAUAUGAAGUUGUAUAUAGAAGUUACAAGAUAUAUACUGCAGAUAUAUGUUUCAUAUAUCAUGAAUAACAAAUUUAAACAUACGUAUAAUACGUAUUAAAAAUUCGCACUAAUAUAAUAAAUAAUUGUCUAUUUAAAUAUUCUUGUGAUUUCUACGAAAUAUGUACUUGUACUAAAUGUGUAUUAGCUUUUACGUUCUACAUUUGUUCCAAAUUUUGUCAAUAUAAUAAUGAUAAUUGAAUCUUAUAUAUUAUUUAUAUAUAUCUUAUAUAUAUAUAUAAGAGAUAUAUAUAUAUAUAAGAUAUUAUAUAUAUAUCUAUUAAUGCACGUAAUAUACGUAUAAAAGGUUUCUAUAAGUAUUCAAAUACUAUCGUGAGCUACUGUAUAUAUGUUAGUAUCAAAUAAUUGUAAAAAAUUGUCUAUUAUUUGGCUUUUUCAAUAUCAACGAACUGAUCGACCAACUUCGUAUUGUGUUAAAGAUUACCAACCCUGAUUUAUCAAUCGAUUCAGACAGAACAGUCAAGAAUAAAGGUCUUGGCUAAUUUUGGGAAAAAGUGUGAGGGUUGGUGUCUUUUAAUGCAGUAAAAAUAGUAAAAUCGAAUGUCGAGAGAGAGAAAAAAGAUGAAGUCGCCCGACGACGACGUCGUCAGGGCAACGUGGACUUCGCCUGCCUUUUGUUACAGAAUAGUUGAAAUAAUUUUAUCGCGACUGUUAACAGAGAGAAAUCGAUAGAAUGACCGAGGAAGUGAAAGAGUGCGCGAAAGAAAGAGAGUGGCGAAUAAUGAACUUGAUAUAAUAAAUAAUGGAGGAAACCAGAGAGUUGACAUAUACGAAACUUUGUUUCCGAUGAUAUUUCUUGUUCUCGUUUCAUUUCUCAUUAUAUACACAUCUUUAACGAAACUCGCAAUACUCGUGCCCGAUUUUUGUGGAAUGAAUAAUAAAAAAAAAGAAAAAAGGAAAGAGAAAAGGAAAACUGUUUUUUGCAAAUAGUAAUUAUAUAUUACAAGAUAUAUUUUCGAGAUUGUACAUAGGUAUUUAUGGAAACACUUUUCAUUGUUAUAUGUACUAUCAAAAUGUUUUUUCAACGAUCGGUUCGCUUUAUGCGAGAGAACAUAGCGCUUGUUAACUCGUUGCGAUGGAAAUUAACGAGAGAUAAUAUUUAAUCCUCUAGAGUCUUAAAUGUCUAAGAAAAAAAAAGUUGAGUAGGAAACUUGCUUGUUGAUGGUAAAAAGACAUAUUAGACUGCAGAGGAUUAAAUUUCAAUGGUUUUCAUUCGACGAAAAAUCUUUUAUUAACUAUCAGGAUUAACAAACAUGAAGUUGAAGCGUUCAUGCGAUGAUGGGGAUAACAACAUAUGCAAAACACCUUGAUCAGAGUAGGUCUUCCGGCCUUACUGUACUUUCCUCGCUGGAAACAAAUAUAUUUUGAGGAUGAACUAUCACUGAACUUCGCUUCUGUGAUUGUACAAGGGAUUGCGAGCAUACUUUUCGCAAUAUUUGAGUCCGUGGCUUCCCUCGUUGCUGUACGAGCUGUACAUGGGAUACUCCAACAAGGACGCCCUGAACUUUGGUAGAAAAUAUAUCCAGACCUUUGUCAAGGUACUGAUCUGAGAACAAGUUUGAUAAUAAAUUGAGCAGAUUAAUUUAAUAACAA